AUGCACUCCCCGCCCAGAGGCCUGGUGUAUGCUGUUUACUACACUAUCCUAGCAGCCUUCGCAAUACCAGUCAAUAUUGUGGCGAUUGCUAUACUGUCGCGAGGAAGGUGCGGUCUCUCCAAAUGUAUCACUCGGUACCUGGAGUCCAUGGCGGUGACGGAUCUGCUGGUUAUUGUCACGGCCGUGUUGUUAAAUCGGAUUCCUGGCAUUUAUUUUCCCGGCAGUUUCUUGUCUAUUACUCCCGUCUGCAGUCUCAGCAUCACACUAAUCUAUGCAGCCAGGGACUGUUCCGUAUGGUUAACAGUCUCAUUCACCUUUGAUCGAUAUGUAGCCAUCUGUUGCCAGAAGUUGAAAACAAAAUACUGCACCGAGAGUACGGCGGCGCUGGUCAUCGGAACUAUCUGUGCCUUCGGUUGCCUCAUCGACAUCCCCUGGUAUUUCUUACACGCACCGGUCUACGUAAUUAAUAAUACCCCCUGGUAUUGUAAACUGAAGGAGAUUCGAUAUACCUCAUCAAUGUGGGCAGCUUUUCAAUGGAUCGACCGACUAUUAACCCCCUGUCUGCCAUUCUUCCUCAUAAUUUUUCUUAACGCUCUGACCGUCAGGCACAUUCUCGCGGCCAGCAGAGCCCGCAGGAGGCUCCGCGUUCAGAACACUGGAGAGACACGAAAGGAUCCCGAGAUGGAGAGUCGGAGAAAGUCCAUCGUGUUACUCUUUGCUAUUUCGGGUAGUUUCAUCCUACUAUGGUUGGCUUAUGUUGUCCAGUUCUUUAUUGAACGAUUUCAAGUUAAUUAUAAAACCAACGGCUUCAGUGACCCUAAAUUUAUUUUCCUAGAAAGUGCUAACAUGCUUCAAAUGUUCAGUUGCUGCACGAACACUUUUAUUUAUGCAGUGACUCAGAGGAAAUUCAGAGAGCAGGUAACCGUUAUGGUAAAAUACCCCUGGAUCCGAAUAAAUAAUUUAGUUAAAUAG